AUGUCGGAAUCUCGCUGGAUCCCGCUCGAAAGCAACCCAGAUGUCUUUAACAGUUGGGCCAUAAACGCUGGACUGGCGUCCCAGGCGCAAUUCGAGGACAUAUAUGGUCUCGAUCCAGAACUUCUAGGAAUGGUAUCGGGAGGUGUAAAGGCGGUCACACUACUCUUUCCCUGUUCAGGGAGCAUUGCGACCAAGCGCAAAGAGGAAGAUGAAAAGAUUGCCGCUCAAGGGCAGUAUCCGAUCGAUCCCAUUAUUUUCUGGAUGAAGCAGACGAUUGUAAACGCUUGCGGAACCAUGGGCCUUCUGCAUGCUUUAAUAAACUCAGGUGUCGCUUUCGCUGAUGAAAGUCCAUUGGCUAAAUUUAUUGAAGAAUGCAAAGACAAAACACCAUUGGAACGUGUCAAAGUUCUAGAGGAGACCUCCCUGUUCGAACAGAUCCAUACCUCUGCAGCCGUCUCAGGACAAACCACGGUGCCUGAUGAUCUGGAUACAUAUCUCCAUUUUACUUGUUUCGUUAAGGCGCCCGAUGUCACUGCGAGGGACGAAGACCGUGGGUGGCGCGUCGUAGAGUUGGACGGAGGUCGCAAUGGUCCGAUUGAUAGGGGCAAAUGCACAAACUUGCUUCAGGACGUGGCCAACUUCGUCAAAGAACAUUAUAUCAAGGAAAGCAAGAGCGUCAACUUCAGCAUGAUGGCGUUAUGUUCUGCACAACACUAG